GCAAACAUUGAAAAUCCAAUUCAAUCCAAUCCAAUUCAAUCAUCCUUUCUUUUCUUUUUCACUUCAACUAAUCAUCUGCUAAACUUUAACCCCUUCUCCAUUUGCAACAGAGAGUGAAUACAUGGCUACCUCCAGCAUGGCAUCAGCUGCUUCAGGGUUCUUGCUCACACCCAAUGUCGCAGCGAAUUCAAGCUCCACUUCUAAGACCACCACCGUGUUUUUCCCUUCAAAGAACAACAACAAUUCCAGGCUUGUGGUGACGAGGGCAGCUGACGAGGCUGCUGCACGAGCACCAGCUACCACCACUGCAGCAUCAGAAGGCGGUGAAGCCCCUAAACCUAAGCCACCACCAAUUGGACCAAAAAGAGGAACCAGGGUCAAGAUUCUUAGAAGAGAGUCCUACUGGUACAACAGCUUUGGGUCAGUUGUUACAGUCGACCAGGACCCUAAGACUCGGUAUCCAGUGGUGGUUCGAUUCAACAAAGUUAAUUACGCCAAUGUAUCAACCAACAACUAUGCCUUGGAUGAGAUUGCAGAAGUUAACUGAGUCAUUUAAUUUUUAGCAGUUUUUCGUGCAUUAUAUUGUUCUUUCUUCCUUCUCAUCUCUAGCUUUAAGCUUAGCAUUUGUACCCCCCACCCCCCCAGGAAAACAAAAACUACAACGGUGUAUCAUAUUGUCCUGCGUGAAUUUCUUUUGUCUUGUUGUUCCUACCUUCCACCACCUGCUUUGAAAAAAUGGAAACGUUGUUUAACUGUGGAA